AAUAUGGUAAUGAAAUAGAAAGGUUUUCGUUUCGAGGAACGUAAGAGCGUAUUAAUAAAUUCCUUUGCCUAUACGACGGAGGAAAAGGUAAAGUGAGAAUCCAGAAACAAUAUGGAAAAUGGAAAUACAGUAGAAGAAGGGCCAAUUUUCUGGCACUUCGCAUUACACCAAUCGAUUUUUUCCACUUCUCCCCUCCGUCGCUCCUUCUUCAUCAAUCCCGCAAUCCCUAACUCCAAUAUAAGCUCUCCGUCGCCGUCUUUCGACUCCGGCGGCGUCGCCCUGGCUGCCGGUACAUAGCCCCUGGCUCGGAACUGCUGUACCUUCUCGCCAUGAAAAUCGUCAGGAGAGAUUACACACACAACGGCCCGGGUAGCGUCAAGAUGACGCCUGUGGAUUCAGAUGAUCUCUGGUUUGCUUACAAUCUAAUUCUUCCUGGAGAUUCUGUUAUGGCCGUUACUGUCAGGAAGGUAUUGAGGGAGAUGGCAUCCGGUAGUAGAGAUGCUGAGCGUGUGAAGCUCAAGUUGGAAGUCAGAGUUGAGGGCAUUGAGUAUGAUAAAGAAGGGGGCGUCUUACGAAUCCGGGGAAAGAAUAUCCUAGAGAAUGAACAUGUGAAGAUUGGUCAAUUCCACACUCUGGAACUUGAGCUGCAUCGGCCCUUUGUUUUGAGAAAACAAGUUUGGGAUUCAUUGGCACUGGAGGUACUCAAGCAAGCCUCAGAUCCUACAGCAAGUGCUGAUCUCGCUGUUCUUCUAAUGCAAGAAGGAUUAGCACAAAUUUUCCUAGUUGGCAGAAGUGUCACAACUUCACGUGCACGGAUAGAAACUUCAAUUCCUCGAAAGCAUGGACCUGCAAUUGCCGGUUAUGACUCGGCACUAAAUAAGUUUUUCCAGAAUGUUUUACAGGCUUUCCUGAAACAUGUUGACUUCAAUGUUGUUCGGUGUGCUGUGAUUGGAAGUCCUGGUUUCACAAAGGACCAAUUUCAUCGUUAUCUGUUGCUAGAGGCAGAGAAAAAAGAGUUGAGACCCAUUAUUGAGAAUAAGUCCAAGAUAAUCCUUGUGCACACAUCUUCUGGAUACAAGCAUAGUUUGCGAGAAGUACUUGAUGCACCAAGUGUCAUGAAUAUUAUUAAAGAUACUAAAGCAGCAGAAGAGGUUCGGGUUCUGAAGGAUUUCUAUGACAUGCUCUCAAACGAUCCCGAUCGAGCAUGCUAUGGGCCAAAACAUGUGGAGGUCGCUAAUGAUCGCCUAGCUGUGCAAACUCUUCUCUUAACAGAUGAUCUCUUCAGGAAUGCGGACGUACCAACUAGACGGAAGUAUGUAGAUCUGGUCAAGUCAGUAAAGGGUUCUGGAGGCAAAGCUCAUAUAUUUUCCACUAUGCACUCCUCAGGAGAGCAAUUGGCACAGCUGACUGGCAUUGCUGCAAUCCUCCGGUUCCCCCUACCGGACCUUGACGACAUAGAGAUGUGACCAAUAGCCUCAUUGUACCGUUUGGUUUUUGGUUUGAUUAUUUCCUGAUUUGUUAGCUGUAACGUCUGAAUAAAUUAUCCAGUUAACUCAGUUUUGUUCGAUCCAUGUUCAGUCUGUUCAACCAUACAUACUAACCUGUAGACAAGAGUGCUUAGCAUCACUUAGUUGUGGGCAUCUGUGUUAUAGUCUUACCUAAUUCUCUUCUCAACUAAACUAAAUCAGUUGUUCUUAA